AUGGUGGGUCAAGGAAUCACUGCAGCAUUACUUCACUUUGCAAAUCCUCAUAUUUGUAAUUUUUACAUUUCUCCGGUGGCUACUGCGCAGUUCAAGUUUACGGUCAGUUUGCUGAAAGAAAUAGCUCAAGACGGUAAAUCUGCCAUUCUAUCUCCUUUUUCAAUAUCAACAACACUUUUUAUGGUUUAUCUCGCAGCAAAUGAUGAAACGAAACAACAAUUGCACAAUAUUCUUGGAGGAAAUAACAACAAUGCAAUUCUGCUUCAGGAAAUUAAUAACUGGGUGUCCGAAAAGACUAGGAGUAAAAUAACGGAGCUAAUAACAGCAGACGAUGUCAAUAAGGACAUCGUAAUAUUACUACUGAAUGCAAUUUACUUCGGUGGAAUUUGGAAGACACAAUUUGAUGAUACAGUGACUCGUAAUGAAGCAUUUCACAUUUCGGAAUGCGAAACGAAAAAUGUAUUGAUGAUAAGAUUAAGAGCAAAAUUCCCGUAUUAUGAAGAUAAUUCUGUGCAACUUGUCAAACUGUUGUGA